AUGACGGCCUGGUCUAUGGUGGAAAGGCUAAAAAAAAUGGAGAAGAGGCACUCCCGAAAUGAGAGGACUCUUGAGCAAGGCGGCGGGGAUUGCAGCAGCGAAUCCGAAGAAUGGACAAGCUCCGAGAGCGACAACGAGCUGCCUUGCUUCAAGAACAGCUCCAGCAACACCCUGUUUAGGGAGAAGGACGUUCCCCUCCACAAGCCUCACCGGCAGCUUUGCCGCUCUCCUUGCUUGGAUCAGCCCAGCUUCUCCCAGAGCAGCCUUCUUCAGGAGUUAAAACUGGAAGAUGGUAAAGCGAACUCGGACAAAGAAUAUCAAGCGAAGAUUGAUUUUGCUUUAAAACUGGGCUACGCGGGGGAUCAGAUUCAAGCCGUGUUGAACAAGCUGGGGGCCGACGCUCUCAUCAAUGAUAUUUUGGCCGAACUUGUGAGGCUUGGCAACAAGGCUGAGAACGAAGGGCCGGCUAGCCUUGGAAGUGCCACGGCUCCCCUGGGCGGGACGGCUGCCAAAGAGGUGACCAGCCCCGAGCUGUCCCUGGAGGAGGAAGUGGUGGACAGCUCUGACAACUUGAGGCCAAUCGUAAUUGAUGGAAGUAAUGUGGCAAUGAGCCAUGGAAACAAAGAAGGAUUUUCCUGUCGAGGGAUUCAGCUAGCUGUUGAUUGGUUUCUAGAAAAAGGUCACAAAGAUAUAACAGUAUUUGUGCCAACCUGGAGGAAGGAACAGAGUCGACCAGACGCUCCAAUUACAGACCAAGAAAUCUUGCACAAAUUGGAGAAGGAAAAAAUCCUCGUCUUCACCCCGUCUCGGAGAGUGCAAGGGAGACGCGUCGUCUGCUACGAUGACCGCUUUAUAGUGAAGUUGGCCUACGACUCGGACGGCAUCAUCGUGUCCAAUGACAAUUACCGCGACCUUCAGAAUGAAAAACCAGAGUGGAAGAAAUUCAUAGAGGAACGGCUGCUCAUGUAUUCCUUUGUGAAUGACAAGUUUAUGCCACCGGAUGACCCAUUGGGACGCCACGGCCCUAGCCUUGAGAACUUCUUAAGGAAAAAGCCAGUUAUUCCAGAACACAAAAAGCAACCAUGCCCUUAUGGGAAAAAAUGCACGUAUGGACACAAAUGUAAGUAUUACCACCCAGAACGGACAAACCAGCCCUUGAGAUCUGUCGCCGACGAGCUUCGCAUCAGUGCAAAAUUAUCUGCAGUGAAAACCAUGAGCGAAGGCGCCUUGGCCAAAUGUGGCUCGGGGCCGACCCUUUGCAAAGGGGGGGAGAACCCUUCAGAGGUGAAGCGCAACCCUCCAAAACGCCAGUCUGAUCCGAGCAUCCGGUCCGUCGUGAUGGAACCGGAGGACCGGCUGUCGAUGAUGCGGAAGCCUGAGGCCAGCUCCGUCCCGUCUCUUGUGACGGCGUUAAGCGUCCCAACUCUUCCGCCUCCCAAAAGCCAUGCGGUCGGGGCCUUAAAUGCUCGGUCGGCGAGUAGCCCCGUGCCUGGGUCUUCUUCUCAGUUCGCCCAUCAGAAAUCCUCCCUGGAACACAUGGCCAGUAUGCACUAUCCUCCAAUCCUGGUUACCAAUAGCCACGGGGCUGCGAUCAAUUACGCGGAUCCAUACCCCAAGUACGAAUCUUUGGGAGACCACGGCUAUUAUUCUAUGCUCAACGACUUUUCCAGUUUGAACAUUAGCAACGUCCACAACACAGAUUAUUACGGCGUCGAGCUAGACCAAGGUAUCUACUCAAGGAAUUCCAGCCCAUGUCCCGACAGUUGCUUAAGCCAUGCCAGCAAUGACACUUACUCUUCGUAUACCGACCUGUACCUGGGUGUGGGAGAUGUGGGUGCCGAGGAUCACGCUAAAGUUCCUCGGCUUCCACCGCAAAACCGACCUCAGCCUUUUUCUCACGGCUAUCACGAGAGCUUAACCAGGGUUCAGAGCUACGGCACUGAACGGCCCAAACAUAUUCCGCGCAAGCAUUCGGCUUCUCAUUUAGCACUACACCUCCAACACCCUCUUGUCGGGGCACGGUCCAGUUGCCCAGGGGACUACCCGGGACCUCCAAACGUUCAUCCAUCCUCAGCCGCGGCCCAACCGAGCCGUGCGCUGGUUAUGACAAGGAUGGACAGUGUUUCGGAUUCGAGACUUUACGAAAGCAACCCUACUCGGCAGAAGAGGCCCCCGCUCUGUCGAGAGCAGCACGCCAGCUGGGAUCCGUUACCGUGUGCAACCGAUGCCUACUCCUACCAUUCCUAUCCCUUGAGCAACAACCUCAUGCAACCCUGUUACGAGCCCGUCAUGGUGAGGAGCAUGCCCGAGAAGAUGGAGCAACUCUGGCAUAACCCUUGGAUUGGGGUUUGUGGGGAGCCCCAAGAACCACGUAUUAUCCCGGAGCAUCAGUACCAAACUUAUAAGAACCUCUGUAAUAUUUUUCCUGCUGGCGUCGUCUUCUCCGUGAUGGAGAAGAAUCCACACAUGACCGACGCACAGCAGUUGGCAGCUAUGAUUGUUGCCAAACUGAGAACAGGGCGUUAGCACGGUAUCCCUUGGAAUUCCUGGGGAGAAAUACCGGCUGCACCAGAGACGAGCGUGUCCUGCAGGAGGCACCCAUGAUCCUAUAGAGAUAUUCUCUGUUUUGGGAACAGUUUCCCGCCUCCGGUAUACCACUCUCUGUACAUUGUUUUUGGCAAUUACGUUGACUAUGUGUUUGA